UCGUCCUCAUACCACCAUGACUCCGCCAUUGAAGCCCGUCGAACCAAAUACACCUCGAUGGGAGCCGUCAGAGGACCCUAGCACAAUUGUCGUGCCAAGUCUUGACACGACCGCGCCCGUGAAUGACCAGAUCGAGCAAAUCGAGCAACUCAUCACCAUCAAACUUCAGAACGUGGACGCAAACUUCUCGAAGAUACAACAGGUGAUGGCGAAUAGGAUACUGCCUGCGGUGAAGCGGUACGCAGUGGGGACAGAGCCGGUGAGGGAGGCAGCGAAGUUUUGGACGACGUUCUUUGAGCAAGCGGCGCAGAUACGCGUACCGACAUACGAAGAAUACACUCCUGAGAACACGCAAACAGAACAGGAAACAGAAUCUGAGGCAGCCCCAGAACAGUCAAGGAAUGAAGAGCAAACUGAAGAACAAGCGGAUGUCACCGUGCAGUCGUUCCGUUUAGACAAAACGGGCUCGUCCGAAGUCUCUUUCAUGCCCAACCAGGCUGCCGUGUCCUCCACACCUGCGACAUCUCGGCACAAAUCACAUUACGACCAAUUUCUUAGUCAAGAUGAGCCAACCCCACCCUGGUCGACUUCACUUGAGUCGCCUCUGGUCCGCCUGGACCGGGACCUGCGCAGCCUCUCGCGUGAAGAAGACGUCUCAGUCGCGUCUUCUUCGGCAAUGCACCAAGACUCGCGAUAUGACGAUUCGCAGGACGUCACGCAGCGACAGAUACAUCGACCGACACUCGAAGAUCGCUCUCAACGGUCGCGGCGGGACAUCAGCGUCGCGCAGUCAGACAAAGGCAAAGGCAAAGCGAAAGAGGGUCCGGAACCUCUCCUCCGGGACGUCCUCAGGCGAAACGUCGACGGCCCUUCCAAUAUCACGCGUGCCGCGACAUCUCCUUUGAAAUCCAAGUCUAGGACGCCAAUUCUCAAGGCGAUGAACCCAUACCUGCCAUUGGACACCAAACCUUCGGAUUGGAAAGGUGUCGUCAAUCUCAAGGAUCCGAGUGUCGCCACGCCGCGGCACAAAACUCCGGGGAGAGCGCGUUUCGCAGGACCUUCUACCACGAAGCGGUCGACCACGCCCGGGCCGGAUCCGAACCUCGACCUGGACGACGACCUCGAUGCGACGAUCAACAUGUCGCCUCCUGUUACGAUGGCGUUCGCGCAGCUGCCUAAAGGAGCGGCACCCAAGCUGGGCAAGACGCCACGGAAACAGGCUGCGGAGAGCAUCAUGAAGAAGUUACUUGAUGUUGAGAAGCGUCUGGGUGUGCCAGGCGGCAGUAGCUCGAAGCCUGGGGCGUCGGACUAUAGCGCAUACAAGCCUGGUGCACCGGGAACGACAGAGUCCAGCCUCAUGAGUGUACCGACACCGCCGUCGCUCAACCGGUACAGCAGGAAUCCGUAUCCUCCGGCAUCCGAGAUCAGCAGCAGCAUCGCCGAUGCGAGUCUCGAGAGCAUGAUGCGGCGCGUCGGGCUUCAAGGCUUCGACUACAGACCAUCUGAAAGAGCCAGGAGGGAAGACAUCUCAUCCGUCUCAAGCUCUGCACCAUCCGUGCCAUCAGGCAACCAGUAUGCGCGGCCAAGCUCUACGCAGGCGGUGUAUUCGUCGGCGUCAACAGAGCCAGAAGAAACACCGCACCCACCCGUGUUCCACUUCGAUCGGCGGUUAGUGGAUGACGAGCUCGUGCAUCCGGACAAUGACAGUUCGUCGGAUUCACUGGACUACGAAGACGGCCCUGGGGACAACCCGACAGACCAGUUUUUCCAGGGCGCGCAAUACCCCCAGGCGGACGACUCGUUUUCGUCGGGCGAGUCAAGCGACGAGGACGACGACGGCGUCGGGGGCAUGCAGUACGCGGCACCGGCGCACCACAUGCCGGUGGGCGACGUGGAUGACGAUGGCUUUGACGAUUCGUUCGACGACCCGGCGUAUAACCAGGAGUCAACCGAGGAGGAGACGCUCUUCGGUGUCCCGCCUGCACAGCGCCUGGCGCAGGAGGCGGCGCAGAGAGCGGCGCAGGAGGACGAGAACCCGCAGCUGAGGAUGCUGGGACAGGAGCUGCUGGAAGACACUAUAGGCAUCGGUGCGCAAAUGGCGCGUCGUGGGCAUGCACAAGAGACUCCUACGCCGUGGGGUAAAUAGCGGCCGUCAGUGAGCUCUUUUGUGGCUAGCUCGUUUAACCACACCUGUCUGACUUCUACUGCGCCAAGCUAUCGAUAUAGGCACAGUAUUGUGACACAUUCUACUGGACUUAGCUGUUACUGGAUCUCUAGUGUUUGAUUGGAACCGGAGACUUUUGGAUAUUCCUGCCGCUGGUGGAUCGUGCCAUUUCGGCAAUCCGAGGACCCACGACUUUGGGUAGUUCUCUGAUUUCGCGAGCGUGGUUGCCAUGCGUAUGUUUCUCUCCCAACGAGCGGCGCCUUGGCCUGCACGGGAGGAGGGCGUCGGGUGGCGAUGACGUCGUGCGUUCUCCCCGAAUAGGCAGCUGACAUCGUUCCCCGCACAUCUCGAUGUCAAACUUCGUGCUUAGCUCUUGACGAUGCCCAUGUUUGGACGACUUCUGUGCCACUUCAGACUGGACUGGGCGAGAGAAACACGGCGGAGAGCGAAAUGUCCUGCGCGAUAGACGAGCUAAUGUUGGCGGGCGUUCGCUGGAAAGGAGUCUGGAGAAACACGUUAACUGUGCCCCCGUUUCUUUCAGGCUUUCCUUCCAUCCGCUACCUCGUGUCCUCAUCGUUAGAUAGCAGCACCGGAUAAUAAGGUGAGUGUCGACCUCUCAUUUGCUUGUCGCAAGUCUCCGUCUAUCCUGCCGUCGG